GCCUCGCCUCCUCCUCCUCCCUCUCCUCCCCCAACGUGCGCGGCCGCGGCGCUACGCGAGCACGGGGAUCCAGCGCGGCCUACGGGCAGCGCCGCGGCCGCCAUGGCUGGGGAGGUGAAAACAAAGCUGUCCAAGAACCUCCUCCGCAUGAAGUUCAUGCAAAGGGGUUUGGACUCGCAAACUAAAAAACAACUCGAUGAAGAGGAAAAGAAGAUAAUUAGUGAUGAACACUGGUACCUUGAUUUACCAGACCUAAAGGAGAAAGAGAGCUAUAUAAUAGAAGAGAGGAGCUUUAUGCCAUGUGAGGAUCUACUUUAUGGCAGAAUGUCCUUCAAAGGAUUCAAUCCGGAAAUUGAGAAAUUAAUGGUCCAAAUGAACUCUAAGAGCAAGAAAGAAGAAAUUGAGGAGGAUGGUAAAAUGGAGGCUGAUGUGUCUGAUGAAGAAAUGGCCAGAAGGUAUGAAACACUGGUGGGAACAAUAGGGAAGAAAUUCAUGAGAAAAAGAGACCAGCGUGUUCUCCAAGAUGAAGAUGAAGAGAAGAAUAGUAACACGAGACCUAAGAAAGCCAGGAAAAUGUUCUUAAAACCUCAGGAUUAAUGUCAGCUGCACAACUGGAGCUAACAGAAAUGUUGCCUACCAAAUAUAGCACCAAGAACUGAAGAUUGUUUGGAGUUUUUGCUGUUUUAUAUAAAGGGUAGAAUUGUUAAUCUCAGUCUGUUCUUGUUGAAAUUUCUGCUGUCCACAUAACAAGCAUUUUUUGAAGUGGAUGUGUAUAUAAUGGAUGUCAUACAUCCUUCCCUCUCUAAGCAGCUUUUGACGUGUGGGAUAUUAAGCCCAUCAGCUGUUUUUAAUGUUGUGCAUAACUAGGAUGAGUGUCAACGUGCAAUCAAUAGCAACAGUAUAUAUGUUUUACGAUAACAUCUAAAGUAAGUAUUUGCAGUAAAGAUGAGCUUUGUCCAAUCCAAUGAGGCAGUCCAGCUUUUGCUGCUAUUUUUAUUAUUAUGAAAAUGAAAAAAACACUCAGCAGAAACAUAGUUUUUUUUUAACUGCUUGACAAAUAAGCUGGGAAAAGAACAGAGACAAAAUCCUUUUUUUUUUUUUUUCAAUUUUAUUUUUUUUAUAAAGCAUAUUAUAUUUAAAAAUAGGAGUUUAGAGCAAAGCUUUUCCUCCAGCGAGGCGAAUAUUGGGCAACGUUUCCAGUUUGACACUUGAGCAGAUUGUGAGCCUUUAAUUUCUGUCUUCCAAAAGAAGUUUGCUAAUCUUGUCUCUUUUUUCCAACCAAAAAAUUCUGAACUUAUAAUUAUCUUGGUCUGAACAUAGAAGCAUAAUAACAGCUUCGGAAACAUGUUUGGAGAGCUAAUAAAAACUGAUUUUUGUUGGUC